AUGACUUGGAGAGAUUUUGAAAGGGUAUUCAAGGAACAAUAUUGUAACCCGUCUCACCAGAGGACUUUAAUUGGGUCAUUUGACAGCUUAAGACAGGGGAACAUGACAGUAAAUGAGUUAUAUAUGAAGUUUAUAGAAUUAUCUUCCUAUGCUUAUGCCGGUACGGUCGAUCAACCUCUUUUGAUUGAGCAGUUCCUCUGUCGCUUAAACCCUUCAAUAUUGGGUCCACUUGCCCCUAUGACCUUUGGAAAUUUGAACGAGUGUGUAACAGCAGCCUUACAGACUGAGGUUCAUCAAGAAGGAAUUGAAAGAAGGAAUCCGGCCCGAAAAAAAGGAAAUGAUAGGAAAAUAAACAAGAAGAACCAAGAGCAAUGGUUAUCCCAAGGAAAACAACUUAGUGGGAGUAGCAAUAGUAGUGGAUCUUCAGGAAAUACUCGAAUUGGGUCGUAUGGGUGUUUUAGUUGUGGCCAACAGGGUCAUAAGAAGAAAGAUUGCCCACAAUGA